AUGGAAGCAGGAAACCAAACAGGAUUUUUAGAGUUUAUCCUUCUCGGACUCUCUGAGGAUCCAGAACUGCAGCCGUUCAUAUUUGGGCUGUUCCUGUCCAUGUACCUGGUCACGGUGCUGGGAAACCUACUCAUCAUCCUGGCCAUCAGCUCUGACUCCCACCUCCACACCCCCAUGUACUUCUUCCUCUCCAACCUGUCCUGGGUUGACAUCUGUUUCAGCACUUGCAUCGUCCCCAAGAUGCUGGUGAACAUCCAGACCGAGAACAAAGCCAUCUCCUACAUGGACUGCCUCACACAGGUCUAUUUCUCCAUGUUUUUUCCUAUUCUGGACACGCUACUCCUGACCGUGAUGGCCUAUGACCGGUUUGUGGCCAUCUGCCACCCUCUGCACUAUAUGAUCAUCAUGAACCCCCGCCUCUGUGGCCUCCUGGUUUUUGUCACCUGGCUCAUUGGUGUCAUGACAUCCCUCCUCCAUAUUUCUCUGAUGAUGCAUCUAACCUUCUGUAAAGAUUUUGAAAUUCCACAUUUUUUCUGCGAACUGACACACAUCCUCCAGCUGGCCUGCUCUGAUACCUUCCUGAACAGCAUGUUGAUAUACUUUAUGACGGGUGUGCUGGGCGUUUUUCCCCUCCUUGGGAUCAUUUUCUCUUAUUCACGAAUUGCUUCAUCCAUAAGGAAGAUGUCCUCAUCUGGGGGAAAACAAAAAGCACUUUCCACCUGUGGGUCUCACCUCUCCGUCGUUUCUUUAUUUUAUGGGACAGGCAUUGGGGUCCACUUCACUUCUGCGGUGACUCACUCUUCCCAGAAAAUCUCCGUGGCCUCGGUGAUGUACACUGUGGUCACCCCCAUGUUGAACCCCUUCAUCUACAGCCUGAGGAACAAGGAUGUGAAGGGAGCCCUGGGGAGACUCCUCAGCAGGGCAACCUCUUGUUUGUGA